AUGCCUAGCCGUAUUAUCGAAGAUGAGCUCACCGAGCUUGUCGCAAACCUGUCAUCAGCUUCUGCUGAGCUGAAUAAGUUCCUUUCUAAGCGCGGUCUUGAGAAGCUCUCCACCGAAGCCGCUGCACCCAGCCUCGAACUCACUCCCGAGAAUGUGCCGUAUUUCCAAGCAAAGACAUCAAUCGUUGAUGCCGCAGAACGCAUUGUUCGUUUGGCCCGCGGACCCAGGGACACACUCAUCACUCUGAGCUUUGAGCACUGCGCGACAGCUUCUCUUCAAAUUGCCCUCAAGUACAAAGUAGCCAGUCAUAUCCCACUGGAAGGAAGCACAACAUAUGCAGCCAUUUCUGAAGCAGUCGGCAAGCCCGAGGUCACCCCGGCCCUCGUCGAGCGCGUUCUUCAGCACACAUCUUCCUAUGGCUUGUUCGAGGCCCAGCCAGGCGGCACCGUCGCCCACAAUGCCAUGUCUGCGCUUCUCGUGACAGACCCUGACCUGGAAGCAUGGAUGGACCUGAGUGCCACCAUUGCUUACCCGGCCGGUGCUUCCGUCCCCAAAGCCCUGCAAAGCUACGGCUACAGCAUGGAGGCGAACGAGUCUGCCUACGGAGUCUCCAUCGGCAGAAAGAUUUCUCAGUUCCAGCGCUUCCGCGAAGCAGAUGGCCAGCAGCUGCACGACAUGUUCGCCCGCGCCAUGCGCGGCAUUGCGGUUGGCGGUGCUUACGAUCUGCGUCACGCUGUUGACGGUGGAUACCCGUGGCACUUGCUGGAAAAAGACCACAUCCGUCUCAUUGUUGACGUUGGUGGUGGCCCUGGCCACAUUUCAAUGGCUCUGGCCAAGAAGUACCCAAAGCUUCAGUUCGAGGUGCAAGACUUGCCAGAGACCGUCGAAGUCGGGGCCAAGUCCUGCCCCGAGGAGUUGAAGGGCCGCGUCACUUUCCGUCCCCACGACUUCAUGAAGCCUCAGCCUGAGCACAAGGUUGCCGACGGAGAAGGCAUUGCUUACUUCUGCCGUUUCAUCCUUCACGACUGGAGCGACAAAUACGCCCAAAACAUUCUUCAGAGCCUGGCGUCAUCCCUGAGACCCCAGGACCGUAUCAUCAUCAACGAUGUCGUGGUUCCCGAGCCUGGACAAGAGAGCCGUGAGAGAGAACGUCGCAUGCAGUAA